AUGGUAAAAUUCAUCAAGGCUGGUAAGGUCGUUGUCAUUUUGCAGGGUCGCUAUGCUGGCAAGAAGGCUGUCGUCGUUCGCAACCACGAUGAGGGUACCAAGGACAGACCCUACGGCUACGCUGUCGUCGCUGGUAUCGAAAGCUACCCCUUGAAGGUUACCAAGGCCAUGGGCAAGAAGAAGCUCGCCAAGCGCUCCAAGGUCAAGCCUUUCGUUAAGAUUGUCAACUACAACCACAUGAUGCCCACUCGUUAUGCUCUUGACUUGGAGCAGAUUAAGGGUACUGUCUCUGCUGAGACUUUCAAGGACGCCACCCAGCGAUCAGAGUCCAAGAAGGUCAUCAAGAAGCUUUUCGAGGAGAGAUAUCAGACCGGCAAGAACAAGUGGUUCUUCAGCAAGCUUAGAUUCUAA